ACUCCCGACAACCCACAUCCAUCUCUAGCUUCUACCGACUGAAGCACACUCGCACCAAGGCAGACUUCAUGGACGCCGUGGAGUCCUCCACUUCGCCCUACUCGCCGUCGUUGCUGCGCCACAAGCUGCGGACCACCAUGUGCGGCUGCUUUGGCUCGCCGUCGUCGCCGGUCAGCGGCGGGGAGAGGCCGCAAAGCGGGGGCAGGACCAGGUGGAGGCGGCGCGUGGCAGCCGCGGGGAAGUUCAGGUACGACCCGCUCAGCUACGCGCUCAACUUCGACGACGGCGGCAGCGACGACGGGGACGCCGAAGCAGAGGAUACGGCCUUCCGGUACCGGAACUUCAGCUCGCGCCUGCCGCCCUCGCCGGCGCCGGCCUCCCGAGCCGUCGCCAUCGCCUGAAGUCGGGAAUCGAAUCGUGGUAGCUGGCGGCCGUCCUUUGCUGCUUGUGUAGCUUUUGUCUCUCUGAUUCUUCUUCUCCAAGUGAAACUGUACUAACUCUGUGAAAGCAUUUUAUACGGCCGUGCAAAUCGUAGCGAUGUAGCGGCAGUGUACCAGUAGCAUCAUUGUAUACUGUAUACAUAUAGGAUAAUAGGAAUCAA